AUGCAGAGCCAGGAGGGUGCCACGGCCCACGAGGCGCCCCAAGCAGAGGACGCUGAAGAGGGGAUGACGGCCAAGAAAGUAAUCCACCUGCACACAGACCUGUUGGCCUUCUUCACCGACCUCCAGACGGCAGCUGACGCCAAGCAGUCACUGCGACGGAUCAAGUUCGAGGAAGCUAUCAGACUGCGGCUGGAGCGGAUAGAUAACUCCAAAGUGUUCAGCAAGGAGAAACUAGAGGAGAUCCAGGAAGGGUGGCGUGAGGCAGAGACAAAGGCAACGCUCCCGGAUCUUCUCGAGACGCUGAACAGGCAGCAGACGCUUUGUUCGGAGCUGAUGGAGUACAAGAUGAACCUCAUAGCGGAACUGCAGAAGGAGUGGGAGGAGGGAAGUGAGCGCCACUCUAUCGACCUCAGGAAGCAGACAGAAGCGCUGGACGUCAUGAUAGAUCGGAUGGACCAAGUGAGACGCAUGACGAUGGCCAACAAGGAGCUAGCUCAGAUUGAAAGCCCGCACGACGUCUUCCUGACGCAGAGCCUGAGCGAGUGGGAGGGCUACCAGAGGGAUCUUCGGGCCAAAGCUCAAGAAUGGCUGACGCAGAGGAAGGCAGCCAUGGAGGAGUACGAGAACGCCAUGCCCAAGCUGGAGCUAGCCCAGGAGGAGUGCAGUACGGCCAAGCGGGCCAUCGACAUGAAGCUGAUGGAGCUGGAGAGGGAGCAGGAGGAGAUCAAGGGCAAGCGGGCCGUGCUGGAGGCUCGGAAGCUGAGCUGCGACGAAAUACCCGAAGUAAUUUACCUCCUCAGGAAGCGCGUCAACACCCUGAAAGUACAGCUGAGUGACAUUAUGAAGAUGAUCUCCACCGAGGAGGAGACCUUUCAGAGGCGGGAGCAGUACCUGCUGGAGGACAUCAAGAGCAGCAUGGCGCAGCACAAACGCAUCCAGAAGAAAAUCAAGCACUUUGCGCUUAGUGACGCGCAGACCUUUGUGGAGAUGUCGCAGAUGCUCGUCUCCGAGGUGAAACUACUGGCCGAGAGCGCCCUCGCCGCUGACUCGCACAUUUGCAUGCACCUGGGCUUGACUUGGGAGAGACCCGACGCUGUCAUGGAGUGCUCUUACCCCAUCCAGCCGCAGGACCAGUUUGAGAUGGCAGCACAGGUGUACGAGGAGAGCGUCAAUGAGGUGGAUGCCAAGACGAUGACAGCGCUGCUGGAGCUGCUGUGCAACGAGCUGAGCUUCCUCAUUGACACCAGCGAGCACCUGAGCUUCCUGGAGAGCGACCACCAGACAGCAGAAAGGAUGCUGGCCCUCCUGAAUGCUUUUGACUUUUAUGACGAUGACCUCAACAGGCUGGCGUCGUUCCUCCUCAAGUACGAAGAGCAGCACAAAGAGCGGGCGGAUAAGGCCGAUGGAAGCCCGGCCGUCGUGACCUCUGAGCUUGUCCUGCCCAACAAUGUCCUGCCUGCCUUCUUAAGCUUCGUCAGCUACCGUGUGCACUGCAUGAGGAACUCGGCACUUCGCCAUCACUUGCACUGGGACGCAGAUGCCGAUAAAGCCUUCUGGGAAAGCAUGGUCAGCGUCAUCCCGGAGGAAAAACUCAGAUUGUGGGACGCGGCGGAGAUUGCAUUGACACAGUACCUAGCGGUGCUCGACCAAAACUCCAAUAUAUUCCAGAAAAAUCUAACUGUGGAGGAGGAGAACAGGGAGUUGAGGAGGCAAUUGUCAUGCGACAGCGACGCGAGUGGUUUUCUGCUGAGAGAUUUCCUUAAUAAAGAUAUUUAA